GCUUUAGACAACAGUGAUUUCACAAUGGGUUCCAUCAGUGAAGCAAAUGCAGAAUUUGCUUUUGAUGUAUUCAAAGAGCUCAAAGUCCACCAUGUUCAUGACAACAUCUUCUUCUCCCCCCUGAGCAUCCUUUCAACCCUCGCCAUGGUCUAUCUGGGAGCAAGAGGUAACACUAAAUCUCAGAUGAAGAAGGUUCUUCACUUUGAUAACAUUACAGGAAUUGGAGACGCUAUUGACUAUGAGUGUGACGCUUCUGAAUACAUCCACAAUGCACUCAAGGAUCUUCUCUCAGACCUCACCAUGCCAAAUGCUACAUACCUACUGAAGUUUGCUGACAAACUCUAUAUUGAAAAAACAUACCCCAUUCUUCCGGAAUACUUAAAGUGUGCAAAGAAAUUCUACAAAGCAGGAAUGGAAGAAGUUGACUUCAAAACAGCUGCAGAGGAAGCAAGACAGCUCAUUAAUUCCUGGGUGGAGAAAGAGACAAAUGGACAGAUCCAAGAUUUCCUUGUGUCAGGCUCUGUUGGUAAAGAUACUGCACUGGUCGUUGUGAAUGCCAUUUACUUCAAAGCGAUAUGGAAGACAGAAUUUAAAGAAGACGAGACUCAGGAAGUGCCCUUCAGUGUGACAGAGCAAGAAAGCAAACCUGUGCAAAUGAUGUAUCAGAACAGUACUUUCAAAAUAGGAUUUGUGCCUUCAGAGAAAAUUAAGAUCCUGGAGCUGCCAUAUGCCAGUGGAAAGCUGAGCAUGCUGGUGCUGUUGCCUGAUGACGUCUCUGGUCUGGAGCAGCUUGAGAAAAAAAUCAACUUUGAUAAAUUUACGGAGUGGACCAGUCCGAGUGUGAUGGAAAAGAAGAAAGUGAAAGUGUACCUCCCGCGCAUGAAGAUUGAGAAAAAAUACAACCUCAUAGCUGUCUUAAAGGCCUUGGGUAUGACCGACCUGUUCACCUCUGCAGCCGAUCUGUCUGGCAUCUCUGCAGCAAAGACCCUGAAGAUAUCAGAGGCCACCCAUAAGGCAUACAUGGAAGUCAACGAAGAGGGCACUGAGAUGGCUAGCUCAACAGAUGUGACUGGAGACGUCAAACAAUCUUCUGAGUUUGAAGAGUUUAAGGCUAACCACCCUUUCCUUUUCUUCAUCAAACAUAAUCCAACCAACAUCAUCCUUUUUGUUGGUAAAUAUUGUUCUCCCUAA